CCAGGCCUGACACAUUACAUUCGCCGUGCGCUAAGCUUAAGGCGCGCUCUUGUCGCGAAGUCCUUUCUUCUUAAAGGUGCGCGCUUGCCCCACUGCACGCGCGCGCCAUCAUGGGCAUCUUGUUUUCUCAGUUGUGGAGACGGAUAUCUGGCUUCCGCGAAGUCAAGAUUUGCAUGAUAGGCCUGGAUGCCGCCGGUAAGACUACAAUUCUGUACAAGCUGCAUUUGGGCGAGGUAGUAUCUACCUAUCCCACAAUAGGCUCCAACGUAGAGGAGGUGACAUAUCGAAACAUGCGAUUCCAAGUAUGGGAUUUAGGCGGCCAAGAGGUGUUGCGGCAAACAUGGAAGACCUACUUUAUCAAUACCCAUGCGUUGAUCAUGGUAGUCGACUCGGCCGAUUCGAAGAGGCUCGACCUCGCACGAAAGGAACUGCAUGCGGUACUAGAUAGUGACGAGCUGCGAGAUAGCUGCGUCUUGAUCCUCGCAAACAAGCAAGAUCUCAAGGAGGCCGUGGGGCCGGCCGAGCUUUCGGAAGCCCUCGCUUUGCACACCAUUCGCACUCACGACUGGCACAUACAGGCGUGUAGCGCAAUGAAAGGCGAAGGGUUGUAUGACGGGCUGGAUUGGAUUUCGAAGCAUGUGCGGCAAGAUUGA